GGUCCCUCGAAUUUUCCUCAAUACGUCGCCACCAAUCAGCAGCCAUUUAAGAAAAUAUUGGACAGUUUCUGGACUAAUCAAAUCAAUCAAGGACUAAAAGCACAAGAUUUAAUAUUUAACACUGUAAAAGAUCACAGCAAGGAUGUCACGACAAUCGAAAUUGGACUCGAAGAAAGUCGUUUUACAGUGAUGGUUUUCUUGGAUGCUCUUUGAUGUAGAAACUUUUACGAAAACUUGAAAACUUAUAUUAAUUGUAAUAAUAAAUACAUUGAAUAACGUUACGAAAAAGAGGAUAACUGAACAAUGCAGAAUUGCAAACUGGAACAGAAUGACCAACAAACUGGAGCAAUCCAAGUGAUGCCAACAGCAGUAUUAGGAAAUGGACAGCAAAUAAUUCUUCAAUCUUUGCAACAACAGCUUAAUGGAAAUGGACAGCAACAAAUACAAGUCUUACCUAUAAUACAAGGUGGACAAGGAGCAAGUUAUAUCGUUCAGCCACAAGCAUCGCAACCUCAAUUAGUACAAUUGCCUGAUGGACAAACAUUUAUCUAUCAUCAACCCGUUCCAAUGCAGGAUACACAGCAAACACAACCACAGAUCGUAAACAUAAAUGGUAACUUCUUUCAAAUUCCGGCUCAACAAACUAUCUCACCGGCAGCAAUACAAAGUCCAACAUCUACAGCAACAUCUCCUUCUCAACAAUCUCAACAACAUGUUGUAAUGAUACCAUCUGCAUCAGCUGAAACACAAAUCCAACAAACUAACUCACAAAAUGUUAAUAAUUUUAAUAGCAGCAAUAGUGCAAGCCCACCGCUUCAAGCCUCAACGUCAAACACCCCAACACCUACACCAGUAGAGUCAGAAGAGGAGCCGCUUUAUGUCAAUGCCAAACAAUACAAAAGAAUUCUUAUUCGAAGAACGGCUCGUGCUAAGUUAGAAGCUCAAGGCAAGAUACCAAAACAACGUCCUAAGUAUCUUUAUGAAAGUCGACAUAGGCAUGCAAUGAACAGAAUAAGAGGCGAAGGGGGACGAUUUGCAUCGGGUGACGAAUUCUCUCUUGUCUUUGAUAACAAUCCUCUAACAGAAUUUGUUGAACUACCAGCUGAUAUGAUGAAUCUUCGCUAUAAUGGCAUCAUCAAUGGUUGCAUUCGUGGUGCAUUAGAAAUGGUGCAACUAGAAGUUCAGUGUUGGUUCACUCAAGAUCAAAUAAAAGGAGACUCAACAACGGAAGUCCGUGUCAAAUUCAUAAGACGUUUAGAAGACACAGUCCCUGGUGAAUAA